AUGUUGGGGCCGACAACCCCGGACUAUAUCGUCUUGCUGCGAUAUAUCGCAAUGUCUACAGAUAUGAACAGUCCAUCGGAGAGACAGGAUAAGUCUCGGACGGGCUUCUACCAGUGUGGCGUCUGCAGAAAGCAUUAUGCACGACCUGAUCAUCUCAUCCGCCAUGUGCGAUCGCAUACCUCGGACAAGCCAUUUGUUUGUGACAAGUGCGGAAAAGGCUUUGGCAGAAUCGAUCUCCUACGUCGACAUGCGCGAGGACAUUCCACGGGUCAACGAGACUCCAGACUCUCCGCUGCCUCCGCCAUGCGAGGGCGCGUGUCACGAGCCUGUAAGAAUUGUGCUCUGUCCAAGCUCAAGUGUGACGACCAAAAGCCCUGUCGUCGAUGUGUCAAGCGGAAUCUCGAGUGUCAUUGGCCUCAGGAUGAGAGAACACCAGAUGCUGUAGACCCACAGGAACCAGAACGAUCAGUGGCGGAGUCUCCCGACUCGGGCGAGCAGAUGGACGAUAUCGGUAUCCCUCAUUCACAAGAUGAACCACCUCCACAGGAUUCCUCCGCGGGACUUAUGGACGAUUUCUACUCCGCCGCUGAGGAAGUGAUCGACCAGGCGUUCUUUGAGCAGAACAGGUUACCUCUAAUGUCCCCAAACGAAUACGUUUUUUUCGGUGGAAAUAUUAGCCCUGAGCUGGGCUUGACCGAGGCUGACCUGGAGUUCCUUGCAUCUCUCAACAAUCACGACCUGGCCCAUGAACGGCCAAACAGCACGACACAAUACUCAACUCGGCGCAGUGUCCCCGAAGCUUUGGGAUUGAUGGACAAGGAGGCGUAUCACAAUUCGCCUCUGUCCAAUUGGACCCCUCGCAGCGAAGACAAUGCCUAUAUGGAUCAACAGUAUUUGUCGGUACCGAAACAUCUUGACCGGUCCAUAUCGUCCGGUGCUGCCGAGGUGCGAGUAUUCUCUGAGUGCCUAUCGAAGGAGAGUCGCGAUAAGGCAUUUUCCAUCUUCGUUCAAAUAUGCCAGCGACGCGACUUUGGUCGAAUGAUGCAUUAUUUUCCAAGUGCGGAGCUCCUAGAUAGUCUGAUCCAGGACUACUUUCUCCAUCAGAGAUCUGAAAUAGAUUCAUGGAUCCACGAAGCCACUAUUGAUCUGAACCAGGAAAGUCCGGAGAUGAUUAUAGCCCUGGCUGCGGCUGGAGCAGUGCUGUCCCCAGUGAACGCCAUUCAACGUCUAGGAUAUGCCCUGUUAGAGAUAGCCCGUCUUGAACUUAGUAGCAAGUAUGAAAAUGACAAUACCAACACACGCAAUUUGCGACAGCAACAGGCAUAUACUCUCAUCUUACAGAUCGGACUCUGGAGUGGUGACAAACGACGUGUUGAGAUCGCGGAAAGCUUUGCACAACCCAUUGUGACGAUGCUGCGCCGAGCAUCGCACCUCCGAAGCGAAGGAUAUCCCAUCAUUACACCCGCGGUGGUAGAUGACGAAGAAACGCUGAAUCAGAAAUGGCAUCACUGGGUUGAGUCGGAAUCCUACAAACGAGUCGUUUACCAUCUCUUUAUCCAUGACGUGCAAUCGUCCUUCCGGCUGUCCACACACGCAUUGCUCUCAUAUGGUGAUCUAGAGCUACCUUUUCCAUGCUCUCGCAGGCUGUGGAAUGCAAAGACGGCGUCCGAAUGGGGUUAUGUUUACCUGCAGGAGUUUCCUCAAAUCCCGGAUGCUUUCCCUUCCCUUGCAGGUGUCUUGCGAGACCCAUCGACGCUCGGUCUGUUACCCCGCCAGAUCGACUUCCCUUUAGCAGCCUUCAUCUCCGUGCAUGGCAUGUCCCUGAUGGUAGCCGACUGUAAUCGUACGCGCCAUAGCUUACACCGUCCAUGGACUGGUCUACUCUUCCAGUCGUGGCAGCGUGAAUUGGAGCAAGAGCUCGAUCAGUUCAAUAUUGCGAUCGUAGAGCCACUGCAUGAAUCUGUCCCUGCCGUGUCCCUUAUUCAUCAGGCUGUCUGUCUCUCCUUGUAUCUACCGCUGGGCACGCUUGAGCGAUACGCUGGCAAGGAAGGUGAGAAGCGGUCUGCUGAUGUGUACGAGGCCUUCAUCCAACACAUCAACCCGAAUCAUUUACGGCAAGCUGCAUGGCAUGCAGGGCAGAUCUUACGCAUCGCUCGAUGUAUCGCGCCGGGUCUGCUGACUGGGUUCUGCGCCACGUGUCUAUACUUUGCCGCGCUUGCGCUUUGGACGUACAGCACGGUGACGGCACCGGACGGGUCUUCGGGUCGAGAGCUCCGGACGGACAUGGCGGUUCAACGCGGUGCUUUUUUCUUAGACGGUGAAAGCAGUUCUAGUGGCGCACUGCGCCGUUUUGUUAUUUCCGGCCAAGGAAUCCCUGCCCUGUCGUCUGGCAGUGAGCCUGCGUACCUCGACAACCAAGCCGCCGUAAUGCGCUUGUUCCAGCAGGUGUUACGGUCGAAAUAUCCGAGUCAAGCGAUCCCUCAACAGGCCCAGACUCUGUAUCAUGCCUUUUCUGCACUUGGAAGCAUACGGAGAGUAAAGCAACAUGAAAUUCCGAGCAAGAAGCUCCCUCCAGAUUAG